GACUCGUAUACUCAAAGUCGUCGUCAUACCUCGUAGAGGGUGUUGAAUCACUGUAGUGUGUAGAUAUUUAUCUCUCAACCGGCACACAGAGAGUAGAUAACAAGUAAACAAAAUAAAAAUAAAAAUUAUUGAAGAAUUUAAAACCAAAGGUACCCCUAGAAUCGGUUCACUUAUAAAUUUAACGGUUAAAGUUUUUUAUUUUCUGUAUUUAACACUUGUGGUGGGGAAUCAGAAAGUAGCAGUUACGGUUUUGGUUUCAACCUCGAUAGUUGUGGCUAGUCUCGUUACUAGAGAGUCUCCGAUAUUCUGUACGUUAUCCAGUACCGAAUCCAUUGAAACAGAGUGCUAAGCAUUGGAUCAGUGCGAAAAAUCAAAGUGAACAUAAAGAGGAAAUAAAGUUGACCAGUGAUUUUGAAUAUUUUUUAAGUUCAGUUCACUCAUUUUUUUAACGAAUAAUUUAAUAUUGUAUUUUUUUUAAAUAAUUUUAUAAUAUUGUUGUUUGAUAUGAACAAAAAUUGAAUUUAAACAAAAAAAGAAAACUUUGUGCAUUAUAAAAAUACAAGAAGAUAAUAAAAAUAUUGCAAUAUUUAUCGAAGAAGAAAAUUGAAAAUGUUUUCAAAAAAGGGAUGCGAAUGGACGCUCACAGUUGGAGUUGUCAUUGUGACUUUUUUGGCAGCGACAAAGCAGACAAAUGCUCAGAUCUACCUGCUGAACUACAGUGAGGAUAGAGUCAAUGCGAGAAUUGCCGAGAAGAAACUCGAAUUGCGCAACGCCACGGAUAUCACUGAAGUUUAUGCAAUAAACACUUCAUCAAGAAUUCCAUCGGAUUUAUCACAGACGACAAUGGAUGCGAUAACAAUAACUUGGUACGUUGCCACAUUCCUGGCGUUGGUGGCGUUCUUCACUUUGAUGGCUUGUUCCGAUCGUAAAUGCGGUCGUCGGAAUGCAACGCAAUCACUUGAUGAUCACCUCCAACAACCACCCAGCCCAGCACCUUCAUACAGUGAAUUUGCCCCUCCUAGUUAUGAAACUGUUAUUGAGAAGCAUUAUUCACCAACAGCGACAGUAUUCGUCGUACAGGUGCCAUAUAUCGAAACCGAAAAGGACAAAGAUCCACCGCCACCAUUUACGUUCCACACAAUCAAUGAAUUGCAGAAAAUAAGUUGCUAAUUUUCAAAAAGAGAGUAUUUAAAAAAAAAACUAUACAAGUCUUUCAGUGAUUAGACUGUUAAAUCUGUGAUUGUAGAAAAUAAGUGAAAAAAAAAUCAAUAAGAUCUUCGUCCUAGUUAUAAUUACAAUAUAAUAUUAUUUAUUAUUACAUACUUUUGUCUAACAAAAAUAUAAAAACAAGAAACGAUAAUGCAAAGUAUGAAAAUACGUAUUCAAGAUAAUAAUAAUAAUUGUUAAAAGACAAUUUUUAUAGAAAGACUGACAUUGUGUAGCUGUUAUUUGAUAAUUUAAUUAAAUAGUCCAAAUCUACACUAAAAUAUUUUAAGUGUUUACUUAUAUAUAAGCAAAAAUCAAUAUUUUUGAAAUAUAAUUGUAAAAACCUGAAAUAAAUCUAUGAUGAAAAUUGUAAAAAUUCAGAUUA